GGAUGACAUUGACAGUAUAUUGUUUGUAUUUUGUAAUUUGUUUUAUCGUCGCACAGCCGUUGAAUAAAAUAUAUAAUAGCCGUUCUAAUUUAACAAACUAGUAAAAUGAAUAUUCCUUUUCCAGUUUUAACUCCACGUUUAGUAGAUCCCUUGUGGUUUAACGCAGACAGUCCUUGUGACGAAGAAACUGAACUAACUGCUUUGGAACAAGCAAAUCAACUUUGGUUGAAUUCAAUUGGCCAGCAGUACAUGAAGCGCGCACCACUUGGGAAAGCUGAUCCUGAGCCUAUGGAGGAAGAAGCAGAUACAGAUGAAGAAGAAGGUAAUGACGAAUCUGAUGAGUCUGAGGAAUCUCAUGAUGAGGAUGAGGAGGAAGAUGUCCCAGCAUCGUAUUCCCCUGCUCGCAACAACAAUGAGUUGGAACCAGACAGCUUGGACGAUCUCAAUGAUGGAACUGAUCUCAACAGCUCAGACCAAAGUGCUCUUUGGCCCAUACAAUAGUAACAUAGUUUAUUAAAAUAAGGUCACAUUUUAUAAAUCACUUAAGUUAUAUCAAGGGGAGGUUUAACUAUCUGCUAGUCACUUGUCAUAUUUUCCUAUAUCUCAUGUAAUGUGCCUCUAAGUGAUGUUAAAUAUAUACAGAACAGUACCAUGUAUAAGAUUUGGAUGGAUUCUUAUCCAUUUCAUCUCAUGCAUAGUUUUUGACUGCACAUAGGUAUUAUCAAUUUAUGAAAUAAACUUUUUAUAUGUAUACUGCUCUUUCAAUAUCGAUUUUGUCUAUUGUAUACUAAUAUUAUAAAGAGGUAAUAUUUUUGAGUUUGUAUGUAGUGGGUAAUCUUUGUAACUUCAAAUCUUUGCACUGGUUGGAUUUCCAUAAUUCUUUUACUGAUAGAUAGCUACAAUGUUCCUGAGUGCUAGAGGCUAUAUAUUAUACUUGAUUUGCGUAUUUUGGUCGAGUCGCUAUAACCGCUGCGUUUUUUUAAACCUCGAGAUUCAUUACUUUUCCAAAGCCACGGGCAUAAGCUAGUAAUUACAUACUUAUGUAUACACAGAUUCAAUUUCCUUGUAGUUAUUUUUCUAUUGUAAGUAUAAUAAUCUUACAACUGAACAAGUAGCACUAUGACAUUGAAAUCUGCCUGUGUACACAAUUGGCUAUUUGACUAAAGUAAAAGUUUAGGAAAAACAGUCUAUAUCAAGUUUGCUUUCUUAUAUCAAAAAUAAAAUAUUCUUUUUUAACUUGUUUUAAGAAAUUAUUUUUAUUUGGAUACAACUUCCUAGUAUAUUACUAUAAUCUAUGUAUCUUUAGCAGUGGUUAUGUAGGGUGAACGGAAGUGUAGC